UAGAGGUAGAGGUACUCACAUUCGCGGCCGACCUCAAACACAGAAGUAGCCAUGGUGGACAGCGUGGUGAGCUCGGCGAUGCAGAAGCUGGAGGGGAUGGCGUUCGCCACGGUAAAGCAGCAGACGGAGGUGGGGAAGAGGGCGCAAGGGCUCAAGGAUGACAUGGCAUGGCUGCAACUGGUGCUGCGGGGCGCCGACCAGCGCCGGCGGCGGGAGAUCAACGAUUACAUCGAGCUGUGGGUGCGGCAGACGCGCGAGGUGGCCUUCGACGCCGAGGACCUCCUCGAUGAGUACUACCACGAAGGGCGGCUGCACUGCCGCGGCGUCCUCGACCUGCCGUCCUUCCUCCGGUGGCUCCGCCACUCUGCCACCGGCCUCUUCGUCCGCCAGUCCAUCUGCAACGACAUCGACGCCAUCAAGCUCAGGCUUGAGCAGAUCAGGAAGAAGACGGAGGACAACAGCGUCCAGCUGAAGAUGAGCCUCCCCGCCACCGCCAGCAGCGUUAAGCCCCGGAAGCGCUACGUGGACUGGGAUGCGCCAAGUGGAUGCAACAUAGACAACCUGUUGGUAAAUAAUGAAAAAUUGAAGAAAAUCAAAGGCUACCUGAGCAGUCAAGGAGAAACAAUGCCAAGAAUUAUAGUCGCCAUCAUGGGGAAGAAUGGUGCCGGGAAGACAACAUUGGCUAGGUGUGUCUAUGAGAGCAGCGAGGUCAGGGCCAUGUUUCACCACAUCAUCUGGGUUCAUUUACCCCAGAAAUUCAGGCUGGUGGAUGUCAUUGCCGACAUGGUCAGGCAAACCACAUUCCCAGGAAUGGACUUGGAUCCGGAGACGGAAGUACAUGAGAAGGAUGUACAUAAGAAGGAUGUAUAUGACAUUCGUCAGCUCAGAAAUAGACUCACUGGAAGACUCAAUAUGAAGAAGUACCUGAUCGUGCUGGACAAUGUGCGCAGCCCGGAUGAAUUGAACUUGUUCUUGUCCGUGCUACCUGAAUGCAAAGGUAGCGCAUUGUUGAUCACGACAGAGAUUAAGCCUUACCAUACGGCUUGUGGUUCCAGUUCAACUAUGAAUGACUCAGAUUCAGAUACCUGUUGGAAGUUCAAGAAGCUAUGUGAUCAUCAGGUGCAGCUACAAAAACUGAAGAAGGAAGAGGCUAGAAAGAUGUUCCUGACGAGGCUAUUUGGAAAAUCCAGUUCUGACAAGAAUGUCAAGAAUGCUACACAUGCCAAGGUGAUCGAGAACCUCCUCGACAAGAGCCUUCCAUUGGCUGGCACUCUGUUAGCCGGGCUCUUAAGGACCAAAAAGGAGGAAGUGUGGACUGAUGUAAUAAAUCAACUCAUGCAACAAAGGCACGAAUUAGAGCAGCAGAAACAGAACCAUGAAAAAGAGCAGGAGCAACAACAGCAACAGUUAGCAGAGGGUCUAGAACAAAUGAAGAGGAUGGACCAGCAACGUUCAUGGCGACAAGAAGAAAAACAGCAGAUGAUAGACAAAAAGCAAGAAGUUAAGCUGCCAGCAGGGCAGCAACAAGGACAACGAGAAGAAAUAGAGCAUGCACAGCUAGAAGGGGAAAAAGAACCUGAGCAACAGCCGGAGAAGCAUGUAUACCGGCAGAUGUCUCUGCUGGAGCAAAUACUCAUGUUGAGCUUCGACGACCUCCAUCCUCAACUCAAACAAUGUUUCCUCUACUUUUCUGCAUUCAAGGCAGAGGAGCCUAUCAAUGCGGACAAGCUCAUCCGGCUAUGGGUAGCGGAGGGGCUUGUGCGACCCACUGACGGACGAGCAGCGGAGAAGCACGGCCGAGAUCAUCUCCGGACACUGAUCUCUAGGUGCUUGGUCAAUCUGGUCGAGAAGGACUACAGCAACAACAUCAUCAGCGUCAGCAUGCACGAGCGUGUCAUCGCCUUUGCAAGGUCAGAGGCGCGUGAGAUCAACUUCCUCCAGGUCCAUCACAGCACCUCUGACCUUCCUAGCACAGCCAUUCGCCGCCUCUCUGUCCGCAAUGCAUUUGAUCCACACACAAGGCUCGCCCUCGCAACCCCGAAACUUCGAUCACUGUUGUGUGAGUGUCCAGAAGCACCCUAUGCCGAUGACGGCUCCACUAGCUGCACUUCACACAUCCGCAUGGUAUGGGAGUACAUUGGAGGCCGUGUGAUAAGCUUGAACAUCCACCAAUGCAAGUUUCUGCGUGUGAUUGACCUCCAAGGAAUGGUGCACCGAUCAACCUUGCCAUACGAGAUUGGCUGGCUGAUUUAUCUCCAGUACCUGGGGCUUGCGCGUACCGGGUUGAAGAAACUUCCAAGGUCUAUCAAGAAUCUUCAUCGUCUGCAAACACUAGAUAUCAGCAGCACCGAAAUCAAGCAUGUUCCAAAUGGUCUUUGGUGGAUUAAAUCACUCCGGCAUGUGCUGGCAGAACAGCUCGAUAAUGGCCCAACCAACACCAAUGCUUUGCAAAACCUCCAGACCCUCCAUACGGUGCAAUGCAAAGGCUCUGCACUGAAGAAGCUGAUCAACCUCCGGUCCCUAAGACUAUGGGGAAUUGAUAAGAAGCUAAUGCUUGUGGAGUGUCUUGGGAGAAUGGAGUGCCUCAAAUUCUUGGAUUUAGCAGCAAAGAAUGGGGUUGAGCUCCCAUUGAUCAAAGUGCUAACCAUGUUUGGUCUGCGCAGCCUUCAACAACUCAAGUUAGAUGGUCCAGUCAACAAGGAAGGGAGCAGAGAAGUUCACACUUAUUUGCUUCAUAAACUCACCAAGCUCGAGCUCCAAAACUCAGGAAUGGAACAAGAACAUAUCGACCUUAUCGCCCAGGUACCAAACCUUGCUGGUCUUAUCCUUGGCAAAGAUUCAUACACUGAAACACAAAUGAAAAUUCCGACGAAUGGGUUCCCGGAGCUAAAAGAGCUCCAGAUCAACAACUUGGGCAAACUGACCGACUGGACUUUUGCUCAAGAUGCUGGAUCUACACUCAAGCAGCUUCAGCGAGUAUCCAUUCUCAACUGCACUGCACUUAAAAAGAUUCCCGAUGAGCUGAGAACACUGCAACAUCUGGUGUUGUUCGCUGCCCGCAAUAGUCCCGUGAAUUUCCCAUCUGGCAAGUUCGAGUCAGCAGAAAAGCUGUCAAUCAUCAAAGAAGAAAGUGAGGAUAAGGUGUGCCCUUCCAACGUGAAAGAAGCACAUGAUUAGAAAAGUUUAAGUUUAGGGAGUCUGAUUUGAGUACGAUGGGGUUUUUUGUCCCGCAGAAGGUUUUCCCUGUCGCGUUCAGUCCGAGUCUGUCUAAGAGUGCUGAGUGUUAAAUAUUGUGUUUCACCAUUUGCAUGUA